AUGACAACUGACCUGGUUUUAGCUACCAACAGCUUUAUCUUAUUGCUGCUUAAUUUUGUGUUUUACAAAAAACCAUUUUCUGUGUUGGCUGCUGAUAGAGAGAAAAAAGUGCGUAGAGGGUCAUCAACAAACAAAUGGUAUGGUUUCUACUCGGAUUCAUCAUCAUCUUCGUCUCAACAUUCUCAAACACAUCGGUAUGACUACGAGGAAUUCAAGUACUUCUUAUCAGUGAAUAUAAUAGGGUUCGUGUAUUCUGGAUUGCAAAUAUGUGAUAUAGUGAAGUACAUGAUUACUAAAAGACACACAAUGGACCCCAAGCUUCGGGUUUACUUCAACUUUGCUAUGGAUCAGGUCUUGGCAUAUCUUCUAAUGUCAGCAUCAUCUUCAGCUGCCACCACAACCUAUUAUUGGACAAAUAGUGCUUCAGCUGCAGACAAGUACGUGGAAAUGGCAAAAGCAUCUGUUGCGUUAUCCUUCGUUGCAUUUGUGGCAUUUGCCUCUUCCUCUGUUGUUUCUGCUUUCAUUUUUUGUAGAUUCAACUAG